UAUGCUUCCUGGAAGAAAUACUAUGAGAAAUAUUUUUGUUAGACUAAGGAAGCCUCCCGAUUACAGAGAUUACGACUUUAUGAAUGAAGAUGGAAGAGGUCAGUAUGAAAAAUUGAAUAUAAAGAAGGGAAUGACAUGUUUUUUAAAUGAAAUGUAUAGAUUUGAAAGUAUUAAAAGAUAUAAAAGAUAUUUGAAGCGGAAAAUAGCGGAAUUUGAGGAAAAUACUAACAACAAUAACGGAGACGGACCGACAAAAUUUAGAGGAAAUGGACAAGCGCAAAACUAUAUGCGUUCAACAGAAGCAUCCAGACGUCGCGAAUCUUUAAAUAAAGAGACUUUUGGACCUUCUAGAAAUUCAAUUGAUCAGCAGAAUUCUAUUUCUCCUUUACGCCGUAAAAUUUAUAACAAAAACAAUUUAGAAUUAAACGAUUUAGAUGUCUUUGAAUUAGACGCCUAUUUACAAGAGAUUCCCAAUAUAUCUAAUCUAUCUGAGAAUACGAAGACAAAGUGGUCUUUACCUAAUUUUAAAGAAUUUUUCAACUCUCUAGAAGUUCAUGGUAAAGGAGAACCAUCGAUAAAUCUAGAUGAUUCUUUCGUAAAAGAUGUAAUCAACGACGAUUCCCUAUCACCCAUUGAAGCUGUUAACAUACUUCUUGGUAAAGAACCAAGACGAGAUAAUAUAAAAUCAAAGAAACACCCAGCUAAAAAUAACAUGACUAGAAAAACAUAUGAUAAAACUAACGUCAAAACCUUAAAAUCUUAUCUUAAAGGUGUUGACAGACGAAUGUUAGAAAGGGAAUUAGAAAAUUCUCUAAAAAAAAAGAAAAAAAGUAAGAAAUGUAAAGAUUUUAAAUUGAAUUUAAGUAAAAAAGGAUUAAAAAGGAAAAGGUUUAAAUCAAAAAAUCCAAAAUUUAUUGACAAUAGUCGUUCAAUUCCUAUUAACGUAUUAAAAUGUAGUAAAGAUAAUUUUAACGAAUCCCAAAAGAAAAAAUUUUAUGAAAGCCCUUGGAAAUAUUUAGAUAAAACAAAUAUAAAGAUAGAAAAUGAUAAAAGCAAUCGUAAAGUUGAUGACUUGACAUUUCAGCAAUCAAAAAUUCCACCUCAAAAAUCGGAGAGAAAAAAAUGGAAUUUAAAUCAUAGUAUUUUGAAUUUGACUAAGGUCGUAUUACCUUUGAAUAAUAAAAAUAUUGAUGAACAAGCAAGUAGGGUUAAAAAGGAAUUUUACUCAAAAACUAAGAGGAAAUCCCCUAUAACAUUAUCUAAAGAGACAGGAACAAAUACUGAAAACAGGAGCUCAUUUGAUAAUAAUUUUCACAAUGAAGAAACUCUCGUUUUUAAUGGGAGAGAAUUGAAAAAGAACAAUUUGAACAAUCUAUCCGCCGAAGAGUCAUAUUCGAAAAUAAAAAACGUUUUAUUAAAAGAAAAUAACGAUGAAAAAAAUAUUAAAACAGAUAAGGCCUAUGCAGAAAAAAAACUGCAAACUAAUGAACUCGAAAAUCAGUCAAUUUUAUCAGAAGAAGAUAAUCUCAAUGAAUUUAUUGAAAACGAUUUAAAAUCUACAAGAUCUUUUCUAAAUAAUAAUAGAGAAAGAUCAAAUGAAAUUUUUAAAAAUCUUAAAACUAACGAUUCUAUAGAAGAUAGCGGCAGUCUUUUAUCAAAUUAUGUCAACAAAUGGAAAAAAUUUCAUAAUAAAAGAGAUUUAUCGCAAAUUAAUCUACUAAACAAACUGAAAAGUCUAGGCAAAGAAGAGAAUGAAAAGAGCACUCGCUUAUAUGAAUUUCUUCAAAAUAAAACACAUUUUAAUGGCAAACAGAAGUUCAUCAACUUGGAAAACAUUUUACAGAACAACCGUCAAGUUAAUAAAGAAAACUAUGAAUUAAAUAAAAAGGUAAAAGUCAUUUAA